CAAACUGCCAAGUCGACACUCAACUUUUUUGCAACAGAGAUGGCAGAAGUUGAUAAUCAACUAGAGAUCAAGUUUAGGUUAACUGAUGGUUCUGAUAUCGGCCCUAAAGCAUUUCCUGAUGCUACAACUGUUGCUGCAUUGAAGGAAACUGUUAUUUCUCAAUGGCCUAGAGAAAAGGAAAAUGGGCCGAAGACAGUGAAAGAGGUGAAGUUGAUAAGCGCAGGGAAAGUUUUGGACAACAACAAGACUGUUAAAGACUACCGAAGCCCUGUUUCUAUUGGCGCUGUCACCACAAUGCACGUUAUCAUCCAACCUCUGAUUACUGAAAAAGAAAAGAAGCCUAAAGGUGAUGAUCCAAAGAUGAACAAAUGUGUCUGCUCAGUCAUGUAAGACAAACGCAAAAUCUCAACAGAGGCAGGUUACUGCUCUGUUCCCUCAUGUGGUUUGGUAUAGAUUGUUUAUUGAUGCAUAACCAUAAGUGUUGAACCGUUUUUUUAAAGUAUAAAUC